GAUGGGCACCUUGGGUGUGGAAAGACCUUGAGCUGAGGAGGUGCUAGUCUGCCAGCCAUCACAGGUGUUUAGCUGGCCUAUGCAGUGGCGGGGAUGGGCCCAGUAAAGGCUUUGGACUUGAGUCCUAGAACUUGAUGCUAAGGCAGCAGGGUACAGUGGAGCACUGGAAAUGCGCCUGCAGGAGAACCAGCACUGGACCAGGAUUAGAUUCAUGGCAGGUAUCUUUGUGAAGCUCCUAGGACUCUAGAAGACGGCCUCACCAUGUGUGGGGGACUGAUUGAGAGGUAUGUGGCCGCCAUGGUGCUGAGUGCAGCGGGAGAUGCCUUGGGGUACUUCAAUGGGCAGUGGGAGUUCCUCAGGAGUGGGGAGAAGAUCCACCAGCAGCUGGCCCAGCUUGGGGGCCUGGACGCCAUAGAUGUGCAGAGUUGGAGAGUCAGCGAUGACACGGUGAUGCACCUGGCCACGGCAGACGCGCUUGUGGAAGCCGGGAAAGUCUCAGACUUGGGUCGACUGUACUCCCUCCUUGCUAAGCAUUACCAAGACUGCAUGGGGGACAUGGAUGGCCGGGCACCAGGAGGUGCCUCAGUGCAGAAUGCCAUGUUGUUGGAGCCAGACAAAGACAAUGGUUGGAGGAUUCCCUUUAACAACCACGAGGGAGGCUGUGGGGCUGCUAUGCGAGCCAUGUGCAUCGGCCUCAGGUUCCCUUACCCCUGCCAGCUAGACACGCUGAUCCAGGUGAGCAUCGAGAGUGGCCGAAUGACCCACCACCACCCCACCGGCUACCUGGGAGCCCUUGUGUCUGCUCUUUUUACAGCCUAUGCUGUGAAUGGCAAGCCUCCCUGGCAAUGGGGGAAAGGACUGAUGGAGGUGCUACCAGAAGCUAAAAAGUACAUUGUCCAAGCAGGCUACUUUGUGGAGAAGAAUCUUGAGCACUGGUCCUACUUCCAAGACCAAUGGGAAAGGUACCUAAAACUUAGAGGGAUUUUGGAUGGCAAAUCAGCCCCUACCUUCCCCAAGCCCUACGAUGUGAAGGAGAGGGAUCAGUUCUACACCUCUGUGAGCUACUCUGGCUGGGGCGGCAGCAGUGGACACGAUGCCCCCAUGAUUGCCUAUGAUGCCAUCCUGGCUGCAGGAGACUCCUGGAAGGAGCUUGCCCACCGAGCCUUUUUCCAUGGUGGAGAUAGUGAUUCCACGGCUGCCAUUGCGGGCUGCUGGUGGGGAGUUAUGCAUGGUUUUAAAGGAGUGAGUCCCUCCAACUAUGAGAAACUAGAAUACAGAAACCGGCUGGAGGAAGUAGCUAGAGCUUUAUAUUCUCUUGGGUCAAAGGAAGAUACUGUAGUUGCCCUUUAGGGAGAGAGGAUGUUCACUUCUGGUGGUUUCUUCUCUUGUGUGGUCCCCUUUCUGCUCAGUUUCUUUUCUCUUUUUCCAAAGCCAAGAGUCUUAACCUUUUAGGUAUUCAGGGAAUUUUGAGGUAACAAGUACCUGGGGCCCCUGAAACUAGUCUUCCCAGGCUCAUUCUGUUCUCCCUGAAUCUAUCUGUCUUCCUCUCCUGAAGGGUCUUUAACUCAGCAUCUCCCAAGCUAGAAAUCUCAUAGCCUCCUAUUUGCAUCUUCAUCAGCUAAUCUUUCAUUCAGUUUUUUCUGUUGUUUCAGGUUGGGUUACCCCAAAAGUAGACUCUGAGACAAGGAUUUGAGUACAGAUAUUUUAUUUGAGAGUGAUACCAGGGAGCACUGGGAGGACCAUGGGGAUGUGAGACAGGGAAGGGAGGGGAGACAGUACAAGGUGCAGUAAUGAGCAGGUUGCCACUGUCAGCAGCUGGGACUCGGGCCAUGUGGGUCCUUUGUGUAAGGCAUUCCUCAUGGUUGUCGCCCUGAGAGACAAGCAAACCUGGAGUAUUUAUCCACCGACUUCCAUCUGACAUUGGUGGUCCUCACCUCUGAGCCCCUGCUGCUUCUCAGCCUCCUCUUGUGCAAAGCAAACAUUAAUGCCCUCAAGUAAAGACUCCGACGCUUGCAGUGGUUAGCUGUAAGGUGCAUGGGAACAGCCAGCAGUAUACACAGAGGAUUCUACCUCCCAAAUACCCUUCAAAUCUGUCACCACUUUUACCUUUUUGCAGCAAGUAUUUUUCACUUGGAUUUCUCACCUCUGCGGAGGUGCUGAUCCUAGGCAUGGCACUUAACGUGUUAAUAGUUUGUUGUAGCUUAUUUACUUGUCUUUACUCUCCUCUGUACCAAACCUAGCACACAGAAAAUGUGUAAUCAGCCUACAUUACGUGAAUGUGGUUAGUUAGCCUCCUAUCUCCAAUCUUGCUGUCUUUGUUGCCCUCCAGAGUUUUCUUUACAAAUAACAAAUUGGUCAUGCUGCACUGCUAAUGAUGUCCAAUGAAUACAUCGCUCCUCUCUUCAUUUCCUGAAAAGUUUGUACUUAUCCUUCAAGCCCCAGCUCACGUAUACCCUCUAGAUCAGGGGUGGGCAAACUUUUUGACUCGAGGGCCACAAUGGGUUCUUAAACUGGACUGGAGGGCCGGAA